GUGUUGUUUUGCAUCCAUCAGUCAGGUAUUCUCUCCGCCAUAAGUAUCUGCUUGGGAAACCCCUUCUGAAGCAUCUCGCGGUCACGAUUGUCGUUAUCAGUGCUCCAUUAUCUGAACCAGAUAAGCGCCGGUUCGCUUCUCAUUCCUCCCGAGCGAUCGCUGCACCAUAGUAAUGGCGGUCGACACGUCUGUUCCGGUGCCUUCGAAGCCCAAUAUUGGAGUCUUCACGAACCCAAAGCAUGAUCUCUGGCUGGCAGACGCGAAGCCAACGGUGGAGGAGGUGAAGAGUGGAAAGGACCUGAAGCCGGGUGAGGUGACGGUUGAGGUCCGCAGCACGGGUAUCUGCGGAUCAGAUGUCCAUUUCUGGCAUGCUGGCUGUAUCGGUCCCAUGAUCGUCACGGGCGACCACAUCCUGGGCCAUGAAUCGGCCGGGCAGGUUAUUGCCGUCGCUCCCGACGUGACCAAGCUCAAGGUCGGCGACCGUGUUGCCAUUGAGCCCAACAUCAUCUGCAAUGAGUGCGAGCCCUGUCUCACUGGUCGCUACAAUGGCUGUGAACGAGUGGAGUUCCUGUCCACCCCGCCAGUGGACGGUCUGCUACGACGAUACGUCAACCACCCCGCCAUCUGGUGCCACAAGAUCGGAGACAUGAGCUACGAGAACGGUGCGCUGCUGGAGCCUCUCAGUGUCUCUCUGGCAGCCAUGGAGCGCAGUGGGAUCCGUCUCGGGGACCCCGUCUUGAUUGCUGGAGCUGGUCCGAUCGGUCUGAUCACCCUCCUCAGUGCCAGCGCUGCAGGGGCCACACCCAUUGUCAUCACCGAUAUCGACGAGGGCAGGUUGAAGUUCGCCAAGUCUCUCGUCCCUGGCGUCCGUACGUACCAGGCGAGGACCGGCGUGUCUGAUGAGGAGAACGCACAGGGAAUCAUCGAUGCGUUGAACGAUGGCCACGGCAGCGAGCCCGAUGCCAUCCGUCCCCGUCUCGCUCUGGAGUGCACUGGUGUGCAGAGCAGUGUGUGCUCUGCUAUCUGGAGUGUCAAGUUCGGAGGCAAGGUCUUCGUCAUCGGAGUCGGCAAGAACGAGAUGACCAUUCCGUUCAUGCGUUUGAGUACAUGGGAGAUUGACCUGCAGUACCAAUACCGUUACUGCAACACCUGGCCCAGAGCCAUCCGACUCGUCAGGAACGGCGUCAUCGACCUCAAACGGUUGGUCACUCACCGUUUUACAUUGGAGGAUGCCCUCAAGGCCUUCGAUACGGCCUCGAACCCUAAGACCGGCGCCAUCAAGGUGCAGAUCAUGAGCUCUGAGGAGGAUGUCAAGGCCGCCAACGAAGCCGACAAGGCGUAAAAAUUAGCCCCUGCUACAUUGAUGUCUGGAAGGCAGAUAUUCUCACUCAUCCACAUAUGUUGCUUCGCCACUCGGCGGUCCCUUUAUUCGUUUUUGAUGAUGAUGACUCCAUGUAUAUAGUUCUUCGGUUGAAUGGGUCUUGAGAAGUGGUGUCUUAGGUAGGGUCUGUGAUAGAGAGCGAAAUGAAAA